UGUCAGCAACCCGUACCGUUUCAUCUGCCUGGUGCUGAGGCAUAUCUGGAGGGAACUGUUCUGGUCGAAUGCUUUGACCCUUCUCUACUAUUCGUCGCUUCUGCUCCGAAUUCCGCUGUUUGUCGGCCUACUGGAAGGUACCAGCAGCUUCUCCUUCUAUCAAUCUGUUGCCCUCCUGUCUACUUCAUGCAUCACUGAAUGCCUCGUGUCAAGCAUGCAGUCUUACUCUAUAACGCAAAAUCAACUGAAGGCACAACUUUUUCUUCAAACUGCCGUGUUUCAGAAGGUUACAUGCCUGUCAGCCACCGCUAUCGCCGAGAAUCCUGCAGGUCACGUUGCUUCACUAUUAGCCGCCGACAGCUGGCAAGUUUCAGUGGCCCUUUUUUUCCUGCCUAACACUAUGAUGGGCGUUGUGUGUGUGGUCAUAGCGCUGGGUGUGCUUGGUGUCCGCAUGGGGUUCACAGCGGCGGGCGUCUGUUUCCUGUGGCUGGUUUUCAUCGCAAGUGCAUCGUUCUCUAUGGAACCAUUGCUUGACAAGUACUGCAACAUCCUUUACAAAUGCCGCAAUGAGCGACUGAAAAAGUUCAGCGAUUUUCUUUCCGUUUUUCGUCUGGUGAAGAUGUCUGCACUUGAAGACGUGUUUAGAAGUAAGCUCUCUGAACUCCGACUGAAGGAGAUAGACCAAGCGUACUGCGUCAACGUACUGGACAGCCUUCUCGAGACUUUCAUUAGUGCAUCUACAUCUGUGAUGAUCAUUAUUGCUUUUGCAAUCGUUACGUUCAUGAACCCGGAGAAAAUAUUUAGCCCAGCUACAAUAUACUCAUGUAUGUACAUCUUAAUACUGAUGGAUGUUUUCACAAAUACGAUGCCCCAUGCUAUCAGGCUAAAGAGCCCGGUUUUUCGCAGCAGUCGAAGACUAAUGUCAUUUUUUGCUGAUGAAGAAUGGAAGUCUCCACCACCUGAAAGCACUGAAGUCCGCGAAGCUGCCAGGAUAACCUUUGACAUUGCCACCGCUGAGAAAGUGGCUGCCUCUUCAGCCAUUAUGUAA